GGCAGAGGCAGACAGAUGGCGCUGAAUUAACUUCUGUCCUGGGCUUUUCCCAGAGUACAGUUGGCAGAGGUCAGCUGGGAGUCUUGGUCUUUGUCCUGGAGGAGUUUAUUGUCUAAUGGAGGAGACAGAAAACAGUCUAUUAAGUAAAUGUGUGGAGGAACUGUCCUACAUGUGAGGAAGGCACACAUGAUGGCUGAUCCCCGGGGCCCGGUAGACCAUGGAGUCCAAAUUCGAUUUAUUACAGAGCCAGAGGGUGCUACUGAGAUGGGCACCCUUCGUCGUAGUGGGCGGCGCCCUGCUAGGGAUGCAAGAGCCAGUACUUAUGGGGUCGCUGUGCGUGUGCAGGGCAUCGCCGGGCAACCCUUUGUGGUUCUUAACAGUGGAGAGAAAGGGACUGACUCCUUUGGGGUCCAAAUCAAAGGGGGCAACAACCGGGGGUCCCCAGGUGCACUGAGCUCCGAUUCAGAGCUCCCCGAAAACCCCUACUCUCAAGUCAAGGGGCACCCAGCCACUUCUCGGAGCAGCACAUCUGAUGAGGAGCCCAAGGACCACUCGAAUGGAAAACUGCUCCGUUCCCAGUCGCAAGCCUCUCUGACCGGGCUUUCCCUUAUGAGCCCUAGUAAUAGGAGCACCAGCUUGCUGGAACUAGCCCCUAAACAGACUUCCUCGAUUAACACCAUUGACACCGCCCCCUUGUCUUCAGUGGACUCGCUCAUCAACAAGUUUGAUAAUCAGAAGGGUGGCCAGGUCCGGGGCCGCACUGGGCGCCGCACAAGGACACUUCCCCACGAACAGCGCAAGCGGAGCCAGAGUCUGGACAGCAGGCUCCCACGGGAUACACGUGAGGAACGGGAGCAGCACCAGUCAGCCAACCACUGGACCCGCGGCACAAAGUAUGACAACCAUGUGGACAGUUCAAAGAACCCAUCGCAGAAGCAGAGCCCGCUCAGCAGCUUCAGCCGUUCCCGUCAGACUCAAGACUGGGUGCUUCAGAGUUUUGAGGAGACGCGGGAUCCCGCCAUGGUGCAGUUCAAAUCAACUCCAGACCUUCUCAGAGACCAGCGGGAGACAGCACCACCAGACAGUGCGGACCAUGUGAAGGCUACCAUCUAUGGCAUCCUGAGGGAGGGAAGUGCGGAGAGUGAGGCGUCUGUGAGGAGGAAAGUUAGUUUGGUGCUGGAGCAGAUGCAGCCGCUGGGGAUGGUUUCUCCUGCUUCUACCAAGGCCCUGGCAGGGCAGGCUGAGCUUACCCGAAAAAUGGAGGAGCUUCAGAAGAAGCUGGAUGAAGAGGUGAAGAAGCGGCAGAAGCUAGAACCAUCCAGGGUUGGGCUGGAGAGGCAGCUGGAGGAGAAGGCUGAGGAGUGCCACCGACUGCAGGAGUUGCUGGAGAGGAGAAAGGGGGAGGCCCAGCAGAGCACCAAGGAGCUUCAGAACAUGAAGCUCCUGCUGGGCCAGGAGGAAGGACUACGGCACGGGCUGGAGGCGCAGGUGAAGGAACUACAGCUCAAGCUCAAGCACAACCAGAACCCGGACUCUGGAAAGGAGAGUCUCCUCAAGGACUUGUUAGACACCCGGGAACUUCUAGAAGAGCUCUUAGAGGGCAAACAACGAGUAGAGGAGCAGCUGAGGCUGAGGGAACGAGAGCUGACAGCUCUGAAGGGGGCCCUGAAAGAGGAGGUGGCCUCCCACGACCAGGAGGUGGAGCAUGUCCGGCUGCAGUACCAGCGAGACACGGAGCAGCUUCGCCGAAGCAUGCAAGAUGCGACCCAGGACCAUGCUGCACUAGAGGCUGAGAGGCAGAAGAUGUCUUCCCUCGUGCGGGAGCUGCAGAGAGAGCUAGAGGAGACCUCUGAGGAGACAGGGCAUUGGCAGAACAUGUUCCAGAAGAACAAGGAGGAGCUGAGAGCCGCCAAGCAGGAACUGCUGCAGCUGCGGAUGGAGAAGGAGGAGAUGGAAGAGGAACUUGGGGAGAAGAUGGAGGUCUUACAGAGGGACUUAGAGCAGGCCCGAGCCAGUUCAAGAGAUACUCACCAGGUUGAGGAGCUCAAAAAGGAGCUUCGACGCACCCAGGGGGAGCUUAAAGAGCUUCAGGCAGAGCAGCAGAGUCAGGAGGUGACUGGGCGACACCGGAACCAGUUGUUAGAGAAGCAGCUGGCAGCGCUGAGGGCAGAGGCUGAUCGAGGCCGAGAACUGGAGCAGCAGAACCUCCAGCUACAAAAGACCCUGCAGCAACUGCGGCAGGACUGUGAAGAGGCUUCCAAGGCUAAGGUGGCAUCAGAGACAGAGGCCAUGGUGCUGGGGCAGCGUCGGGCAACCGUGGAAACCACACUUCGGGAGACACAAGAGGAAAAUGACGAAUUCCGAAGGCGCAUCCUGGGUCUGGAGCAGCAGUUGAAGGAGGCCCGAGGUCUGGCGGAAGGUGGGGAAGCGGUGGAGGCACGGCUUCGGGACAAAGUGCACAGGCUGGAGGUAGAGAAACAGCAGCUGGAAGAGGCUUUGAAUGCUGCCCAGGAGGAGGAGGGGAACCUGGCAGCAGCCAAGCGGGCUCUGGAGGUCCGGCUAGAUGAGGCCCAGCGGGGGCUGGCACGCCUGGGGCAGGAACAGCAAGCACUGAACCAGGCCCUAGAGGAAGAGGGGAAGCAGCGGGAGGCUCUCCGAAGGAGCAAGGCAGAGCUGGAGGAGCAGAAGCGUUUGCUGAACAGGACUGUAGACCGACUCAACAAAGAGCUGGAGCAGAUUGGGAAUGACUCCAAGCUAGCCCUGCAGCAGCUCCAGGCUCAGAUGGAAGAUUACAAGGAAAAGGCCCGGAAGGAAGUAGCCGAUGCCCAGCGUCAGGCCAAGGAUUGGGCCAGUGAGGCUGAAAAGAAUUCAGGGGGGUUGAGCCGGCUUCAAGAUGAGCUGCAAAGGCUUCGGCAAGCCCUGCAGACAUCCCAGGCCGAGCGGGACACAGCCAGGCUGGACAAAGAACUGCUGGCCCAGCGACUGCAGGGGCUAGAGCAAGAAGCCGAGAGCAAGAAACGCUCCCAGGAUGACAAGGCUCGACAGCUGAAGAGCCUAGAGGAGAAAGUCUCACGGCUGGAAGCGGAGUUAGAUGAAGAAAAGAACACCGUGGAACUGUUAACAGAUCGGGUGAACCGUGGCCGGGACCAGAUGGAUCAACUGAGGACAGAGCUCAUGCAGGAGAGAUCCGCUCGACAGGACUUGGAGUGUGACAAAAUCUCCUUGGAGAGACAGAACAAGGAUUUGAAGACCCGGUUGGCCAGUUCAGAAGGCUUCCAGAAACCCAGCGCUAGCCUCUCCCAGCUUGAGUCCCAGAAUCAGCUGCUGCAAGAGCGGCUGCAAGCUGAAGAGAGAGAGAAGACAGUUCUGCAGUCCACCAAUCGAAAACUAGAACGGAGGGUUAAGGAGCUCUCCAUCCAGAUUGAUGAUGAACGGCAGCAUGUCAACGACCAGAAGGACCAGCUAACCCUGAGGGUGAAGGCUUUGAAGAGGCAGGUGGAUGAAGCGGAAGAGGAAAUUGAGCGGCUGGACAGCCUGAGGAAGAAGGCACAGCGGGAACUGGAGGAACAGCAUGAGGUCAAUGAGCAGCUCCAAGCCCGGAUCAAAUCCUUGGAAAAGGACGCCUGGCGGAAAGCUUCCCGCUCAGCUGCUGAGUCAGCUCUCAAACAAGAGGGGCUGAGCUCUGAUGAGGAGUUUGACAGUGUCUACGACCCCUCAUCCAUUGCAUCACUGCUUACAGAGAGCAACCUGCAGACUAGCUCAUGUUAGAUCAUGCUCUGCUCAGGACCACAGACGGGUUUGUGGUCACGCCUCUCCCAGCCAGCCCUGCUCUGCUCUGCUCUGCUCUGCUCUGCUCUGCUCUGCUCUGCUCUGCUCUGCUCUGCUCUGCUCUGCUCUGUCUUG